CUCCUCGUCACCCUCCUGUCUGCAGUAAUCGCCACAAUGCGUGAUCUGAAACGCAAAGAUAAGCUGGUGGAAGCUGCUGGGGAUGCAUAUGGAAAAACUCUGUCUCUGGCUGUACUGGACGUCUGCAGUGACGAGUCGGUCAAACAGUGUAUUAACGGCAUUAAAGACCGACAUGUGGACGUCUUAAUCAAUAAUGCAGGUAUCGGCCUGGUGGGUCCAGUGGAGAGCAUCCCCAUUGAGGAGAUGAAGAAAGUUUUUGAGACCAAUUUCUUUGGGGUGAUCCGCAUGAUCAAGGAGGUGAUGCCUGAUAUGAAGAAAAGGAAAGGAGGACACAUCAUCGUGGUCAGCAGUGUGAUGGGACUACAAGGGGUGGUGUUUAAUGAUGUGUACGCAGCUUCCAAGUUUGCCAUGGAGGGCUUUUGUGAGAGUCUGGCUGUGCAACUCUUGAAGUUUAAUGUCACGUGAGUGUCUCUGAUGCUUUCUAUCAUGGCUAAUAAAGCACU